AUGCACGGCCGAUUGCAUGGCGAAGAGUCCCUUCCGGGGGGCCCACGUUUCGACGAGUCCGACUACCACCGACACUAUCAGAUGAAACUGCUAUCUCUUCUUCAUCCGGAGAAGAGUCUCCAGCUCAAAUUUCCCCUUCGUGCAGCACACCGAGGCAGCUCGGAAACACUGCGAGAAGGGUUGUACGAGCAGGACCUGGAACAAAUACGACCACAGCUACACAGAUACUGUAACGAUAAAUCGCUGGUUAAAUUCUUGGUUCUAUUGGUGACACCGUCCUUGUCUUGUCUCCUCGGGCCAGAGGUCUUCCUUCGGCACAUUCUACCUUUGCUGUACGAAGGCCGUGCCUCGGGAAGAGGAAAACCCAUUGAGACAACUAUAAAAUGCGUCUCUGCUGUGGUCGACGCACUACCCGUCCCUCCUGAAACUCACGCCAACCGAGAUGGAAAUCCCACAAAGGUUUCCAGUACGGAAGGACUUGCACUCUUCAUGAGCUCUACGAUUCCUGGCGGUCGGUCCGUUCACGCUCUAUCAGGAGUCCAAGGCGUCGAUGCAGAAAACAAGUCCCCUGCGACGUUGCAAUUCUGCUCUGCCGGCGGACCUGCUUCGUCGGCACAGGCAUUAGACCAGAAAGCCGUGGUACGGCACGUCACUUUACCAGUCGCCAACACCAUUUUCGUCAACGGACAACGGACAACGCUUUUCCAGGAUGUCUGGAAGAUCAAACUCGGUGAAUCUGAGGAGCCAGCAAUCAACUAUGUUGGCAGAAAGAACCUCGAAUCGUUCCAAUUGAACCUGUAUUGCCCUCCAGACAAUUUUGUCAAUGACGGAUCUGCUCCGCUUCAAUCAUUGACGAAGCCUAGAAAGGUAGUACGAUCCAUGGGGAACGUCCUUCGUCAGAUUGAGGUCGAGGGCGUGGCUGUCCCUGCCUCACAAGAACUCGAGAACGCCGUUUCAACAUAUAUCAAAUCGAAUCCUGCAAGCACCGCCCGCGGUCCACUACUUGUCUUUGCUUUGAUCCGUCCACCAGGGACAUCAUCACUUGAGGCGGAAGCAAAGGGGAACAACGGGAGUCAGGAAUCGAAUUCACUUAAGCCUUUAUGGCAAGGUGCACAGCUCUUCAAAGUGUCGGGCGGCGGAGGAGGUUGGGGAAAGAGACAAGGCCUUCUAUCACUGGAAGGAGCUGUGGAUUUUGAAACCAGCGAAGCCGCGUCGUCAUCGCUUGUGUUCCCGGAUUUGGAUAGCGAUCAAAAUAUUGUGCACGAGCUGGGCUCGCGUGGCAUAGUUCCACGGGGCAGCACGGUCGAGUUUCUGGUGUGUUCUGCAGACCCUGCGAGCAAGGACAACUCAGGAGCCUCACAUUUGAAGCCUGCAUCUUCGCAGUCGACGAACGGCGGCACGACAGUUGUGCUGGGUACUGCCACGGACCCCGAAUCCCAGGAUUGCCUGCAACGAGACCCAAGUGUGGCAGACACCGGGGUAAUAUUCUUACCUGAUUAUUUCGGCAUGGUCUCUUAUGGAGGCGCUGGUCUGGGCGUCGACGAUUUCCACAUGUCAACUCGACAGAAUUCAACAGCGAUUUCGCGGACGCGUUGUGAUGUGCCAAAUGUUCGCUUCAUCCUUCGCGGCGUGGGAACUCAUUCACAGGCACGUUCUAAAGAAGAGGAGUAG